GGAAUCCAUGUUUGUGAACAGCUGGGCUUGGAGGCAACAGGUGCAGAGUUUAACACAAUGAAGCUUGACGAUAAUGCUGAAAUGAGCAAUAUCAAUACGGGUGGAGUUGAGAACCUAAUGGACGCUGAUGAGGAGGUUAAACCUUGCUGGACCAUACCAAGUCCAAAAACUCAACCAUCUAAUGGUUACGUGACAUUCUCCUUGACUAUGGGACCAGAAUAUCACAUCUCACAGAUCACAGAUGCUGUGGUUGUUGCAAGGUAUCUAGGUGCAACACUUGUACUUACAGAUAUAAGAGGAAAUGAAUUAGGAAACAAGAGAAAAUUCCAAGACAUGUACAAUGUGGAUAAAUUCAUGAGAAACUUGGAAGGUGUUGUCGAAGUAAUAGACUUGCGGUCAUUUUCUCCUCAGUGAGUUUAAGACCGAGGGAGACUAAUAACAAGGACUUGGAUGCGACUGCUUGCCUUGCAAUGUUCAGUGGCCUCGAAUUGAAACAUGAAUAUUCUGAAGUGGCCAGAAAAAUGCUGGAUGGUCUUAAAGAAUUAAGCAAGAAAUCAGAUGGGAAGGUCUUGGCAAUUGAUUUGCGGACCGACUUGCUAGAAAAGAAGGCUUGCAAAACAACCUGAGGCGCUAGAAGAAAAGGCUGCUAU